CAAUCAAUCGCGCUGGAUAUCGUCAUCUCGGAGAGGCCAGUUCCAACCAACCGAGGUCUGCCUUCGCGAACGGCGCAUUGCACACAUACCCGCAACCACCCAACAUGACGAUCCAUAUCGAGUCCACGGCGCAGUGGCGCCAGGUGCUCGGCUCCUCGAGCGUCGUCAUCACCGACUUCUACGCCGACUGGUGCGGCCCCUGCAAGAUGAUCGCGCCGACGUUCGAGUCCCUCUCGACCAAGUUCUCCAAGCCGAACAAGAUUGCUUUUUGCAAGGUCGACGUCGACAGCCAGCGCGAGAUCGCGCAACAGUACUCUGUCAGCGCCAUGCCCACCUUCCUGAUCCUGCGCAACGGCACCGUCAUCGACACCAUCCGCGGCGCGAACCCGCCCGCCCUGACCGCUGCUGUGGAGAAGGCCGUCAAGCUGGCCGGGCCCGGCAGCGGUAGCGGCUCGGUCUUUAGCAGCGGUGGCCAGAGGCUGGGUGGCGGGUCGGCGGGGGGCGCCUCGCGGCCGCAGCAGCUGCAGAGGCCGCUGAACUGGGAUAUCAACAGCCUCAUCAACAACAUUAUUGUGUUUUUGGGGCUGUACCUCGUGUCGCUCUUUUCGCUCGAUCCUUACAAAUCGGCCGAGGCGUCCAAGUACAACAUCAAGAACCCUCCAGCACCAGCACGACCCGCAGGGGGCGCGGGGCAGAGACCGGGGGCUCCGAAGCCCGCCUUCCGCACUCUCGCUGACAUGGGUGGUGACUAAAGAGGGCGAGCGCGUUGGCUGGUUUCGUUGUCAUUUGGCGUUUGGGUCUAAUUGUAGUACUUGGCGCGCGUUAGUUUUGUAGCUGUAUCAUCAAAUGCGACUUCCAGGCCGGUGCUGCGCGGUUCGAUGCCAAGGCCUAACCCACGCACAUAGUGGUUCCAGGCGUGAUGCUGCACG